AGAACCUCUCGGUCUAUGUGUUCACUGAGUGGUCGUUCGGUGACCUCCUGUGCCGUAUGUAUCACUUCAUACACGCCCUCUCAUACACCGGCUCUGUGUAUAUACUGGUCGUCAUAUCCAUUGAGCGAUACUUAGCGCUCGUCUACCCGUUGUUGAGUCGACGCCUCCUAACCAUCCGUAAGCUUAAGAUCACAAUAAUUAUUGUCUGGAUUUUAUCGGCCGUCUGUUGUUUCCCCCGAUUUAUUAUCUUCGGUACCGUUAAUAUACCCAUGGAUUUAGAAUCGCGAGUUCUCUGUGUAUUAAAGCAAAAGACCUAUGACGCGAAACUCUACGACCUGUUGUACAUAAUCCUAUGUUUUGUAAUACCACUCAUCAUAAUCACAGUCCUAUACCUGCGUAUAUGCCAUCACCUGUGGACCAGCCCUUUGCCCGGCUAUACAUUGCAGGCCAAUCGGACCAGUAAUGCGGGAACCGGUAGUGCCAACAUUAGUGCCAAUGGGGGCGCAUUGGGCGCAUCGACUACCGGUGCAAACGGUGUGAAACAUAAUAACCACAAUAACAACGAUAGCAAUAAUCAACGUGGUGAUCACCACCACCAUCAUCAUCAUCACCGGUUGGCCGGUGUGGGCAACAACACAGCGCUCAGCGAAUCAUCGAUCAAGUUAAUCAUUGAGCGGCGCAAAAAAGUGAUCAAGCUGCUCAUCACCAUUGUGUUGGCAUUCGCACUGUUCAGCGCCCCAUUUCACGCCCGUAAACUCGCUCAACACUACCUGGACAGCUACGACAUGGGCUCCGACACGGCCAUCAUGUUCACCAUAUUUACCACGUUGUUGUUAUACUCCAACUCCGGGGUCAAUCCGCUUAUAUACCUGAUAUUUUCGCGCCGACUGCGGCGGCUGAUGAUUGACGUGAUCAUGCGUUUGACAAACAAGUCCACGGCCUGUACGAUCACAGGUCGGCGCCAACCGGACGUACUGUUUCGCAACAGCGAGAUGUCGGCCGCAUUGCCGGCGACGGCCACAAUACAGCUCCGGCCCCAUACAGAGUCGGACAGUAACGUAUCAGUUAUGGCCAGAAUCGAGUGCUCUGUUUGUGGUGACGACAAGAAUAUUCUGUUCAAUUCUAGUAACGGAUCGGACAAUAAUAAUAGCGAUACUAUUGAUACAAUUCAUGUCAACAUUGAUAUAGAGUUUGCCGAUUCACAGCAAACCCAAGUCUAA